AGCCUUUUUUUUUUGCUUGUGCUAUUGCCAAAUUACAUUUCUUGUGAUUGCAUAGGGCACGGUGUUCAAAAUGUACACAAUUAUUGCUUAUUUAUUGUGAAACGUGUAGCAAAAUCGGUUCCAUCGUUCGGUACACGACGCCUGCUAGAACGACCGUUGUACCACGCGCACAAACACAACAGUGAAAGCAACAGCAACAGCAACAACUCGCCACAGCCACUGACCCAGAGAGGGAACGGAACGCCCCCCGGGAACCGUACCGAUAUGGCCGAAAAGUAUCUUAAGGUUGGGCAGCGGGUCGAACUGACCGGAAAGGAUGUGCGUGGCACGAUCGCGUACGUCGGCAUGACCUCGUUUGCGGUCGGCAAAUGGGUUGGCGUAAUUUUGGACGAAGCCAAGGGGAAGAACAAUGGAUCGAUAAAGGGACAUCAGUACUUUUCGUGUGAGGAAAACUACGGAAUGUUCGUGCGGCCAACGCAGCUGAUGUUUAUCGAUGAUGCUGGUAAUCCGCUUGAGGAUGCACAAACACCGGAUGAAAAGCCGAGGUCCCGUUUGAGCAGUGCUAAGCGUACAACUGGCAGAGUACCUGCGGGCUCUGUUCGAUCGCUUGCCUCCAUGCCUGGAUCGACGCAAACGUUUACGGCCAAGCCAACCGCGGUGCGCCGGAAGUCGCCGGUCAAGCAGCCGCAAACGAAGCGCGCCUCCAUGACAAUGACACUGUCAACAUCCAGCUCUCGAAUGUCGCUCAACCGGAGCACCAGCUCGCUCGGUUCCAAAACGCAGCUAACCUCACCGGGCAGCGAACGAGCGUCGGCGGGCCAAUCCUCCAUCCCGACGCCGGUCUCCUCCAUCCCGACCAUGGUGAAACCCGACCGGCACGAACCACUGCAACGAUCGCACAUGAGCCCGCCGGAAUCGCUGCAAACGUCCAAGCGUGCCUCGUUCGUCGAGACCGGGUUCGUGGAAACGCUCAAACCACAGUUCACCCCGGGCCAAUCGCUCAUCUCGCCGUCGCCUGGCCCGACUCCCGCCCCAGCCGGCUCCUCGACCGAGGAUCGCAUCCACCUGCUGCAGCUGCAGCAGGAGGCGGACGAGCUGCGCAAACUGAACGGCGAUCUGGGCGAGAAGCUCGAAACGCUCAAGCAGCGCCGCGCGGAGGAUCGCGAACGGUUGCGCGAGUUCGACAAGCUGAAAACGCAGUACGAGCAGCUGGUGGAGUUCAAGAGCAAAAUCAUGGACGCGCACUCGCUGCUGCAGCGCGAUCUGCAGCGGGCGAAGCAGGAGGCGAAGGACGCGAUCGAGGCGCGCGAUCUGCACAGCGAGGAGAUGUCCGAGCUGGCGGAAAACGUCGAGCUGAUCACGCUCGACAAGGAGAUGGCGGAGGAGAAGGCCGACACGCUGGCGCUCGAGCUGGAAACGGCCAGGGAGCGCAUCGAGGAGCUGACGCUCGAUUUGGAAAUUUUGAAGACGGAAAUGCAGGCAAAGCUGGGCGGCGGUGUUGCCGGUGGCGGCGCCGGCGGUGACGGAUCAGCCGUAGUAGCAUCGACCUACGAGUUCAAACAGCUCGAGCAGCAAAAUGCCCGCCUGCGGGAAACGCUCGUACGGCUGCGCGAUCUAUCCGCCCACGAGAAGCACGAAAUUCAGAAGCUGGAAAAGGAGCUGGAAACGAAGAAAUCGGAGGUGGCCGAACUGCAGCGCACGAAGGAAAAGUUUUCCGCCAAAAUCGACGAACUGGAGGCCCAGCUGGGCGAUCUGCAGGAGCAGGUCGACGCGGCGCUCGGUGCGGAAGAGAUGGUGGAGCAGCUGGCGGAGAAGAAGAUGGAGCUGGAGGAUAGGGUGAAGUCGCUCGAGGAGGAGGUGGCCGAACUGGAGGCGCUCGAGGAGGUGCACGAGCAGCUGGUCGAGAGCAACCACGAGCUGGAGAUGGAUAUGCGCGAGGAGCUGGAUCUGGCGCACGCCGCCAAGCGGGAAGCGAUGCGCGAGAAGGAUGCCGCCCUCGAGACGAUCGUCGAUCGCGAUCAGACGAUCCUCAAGUUCCGCGAGCUCGUCCAGCGGCUGAACGAACAGUGCCAGGAGCUGCGCGAACGGUUGAACCAGGAGUCGAGCAAGCAGCAGCAGCAGCAGCAAGCCAAGGACACCGCCCUGCUCACCGAAACGAUCGACUUCAAGCAAAUGUUUGCCGAAUCGAAGGCGUUCACGCGCGCUAUCGAUCUGCAGCUGCGGCAGAUCGAGCUGACGCAGGCGAACGAGCACGUGCGCUACCUGAGCGCGUUCAUGCCGGACGUGUUUAUGGCACGCGGCGGUGAUCACGACGCCAUCCUCGUCAUUCUGCUCGUGUCGCGCAUCGUCUUCAAGGCGGGCAUCAUCGUCAGCCAGGCCCGGGAACGGUUCUCGAGCGUGCCGCAGAUGGAUCGGGCCGCGAUCCUGUCCGGGCACGAGGUGGCACAGUUCGGCUUCCGGUCCCGUUUGCUGCACCACGUGCACAAUCUGCAGAGCAUCAUGCACCAGUUCCUGUUCAGCAUGACCGGCUGCAGGGCGGACACGCUGCUGAAGAUCGGCGCGGCGCUGCCCGAGAUGCAGGCGCAGGAGAAGAUGGUGGACGAGAUAGUGGACCUGCUGAAGGCGAACCAGCUGGACGAGAACUCUUCCACGGACAAUCUCGAGAAGUGCGUCACAUUCUUCAACGCGAUGUACGUGGUGCUGCUGACCGGGGAGGAUCUCGUCAACGAGACGCAAAUCGUGCGCGACUGUACCGCGUCGAUCAGUGCGGCCUGCGAUUCGAUCGCGAACGAUUCCAACAUCGUUAAGAUACUGAUUAAGCCCGGCGAUGAGACGAGCGACUCCGGACUGCUGCUCCAGUACAUCCUGCAGAACGUGGAAAGCAUACGCCAGCAGCUGAAGCUGAUCAAGCGCCGCCUGCCACAGGAUGUAGCCAUCACCAAGUGCAACCUGUCGAUGAACACGCUGCUCAACCUGAAGCGUACCGCCGAAGCACUGAACCGGGUGAUGAGCGUCCUGUUCUACGCGACGCGCCAAUGUCUCGCGCUGGUCACGCUCGACCCGGAGACGGAAACGGCCGUGCCGCACGACAAGCUGUGGGAAAUCCUGUCGAACGGUUGCGAGAAGGUGUACGAGCAGGACGAUCUCGGCCCGUCGCAGAACGUGCGCACCGUGCUGAGUGCGGCCAGCACCGACAUGGGCCAGCUGGCACAGUAUCUGCUCGACCACGAGUACGAAAUCAUUUCCGCCACGAACGCCGCCAAGCCGGAGGAGAAACCGGUCGCACCGAUCAUACUGCGGGCGCAGGCAGUGAAGAAGCAGCUGGAGGAGACGAAAACGCUCACGGCCACGCUCGAGAAUCGGGAGGCCGAAAUACGGCAGCUCAAGCUCGCCGCCAAGCUGAAGCAGAACGAGCUGUCCGAGAUGCAGAUACGGAAGGAUUUGGCCGAGAAGAAGCUGUCCGUGCUGCAGCAGGACCACGAGACGAACACGACGCGCCUCCAGAAGCAGUACGAGGAAGUGUGCGCCAAGCUGAAGCAGAAGGAGAAAGAGUUCGAGGAAACGAUGGACCACCUGCAGAGCGACAUCGAUUCGCUCGAGAGCGAAAAGAGCAGCCUGCGCGAUAAGCUGAAAUCGUUCAGCUCGCGCAAGGUCGACCUGAAGACGACGACCGCGCUGGACAUUUCGGCCAGCUCGCCCUACAUCGCCCAGGAGCUGUCGCUGCUGAAGCGUGCCUUCAAGGACGAACGCUCCGAGCGGCUGAAGGUGCAGGCGAGCGAGUACCGCAAGAUACUGGCCGGGCUGGAACCGCUGCACGUACCCCAGCCGAAGGACGACCGUAUCCAGGAGCUGGAGCAGCAGAUUACACGCGUCAAGCACGAGCUGAUCAUGGCGCUGGUGAAGGGGGCCGAAAUACCGACCACCUAUACCGUGCACGGUAGCGUGUCGAAAACGAUCCGCGACCACGAGAACCAGCAGAAGCAACACCAGACGCAGGUCCGGGCCAGGGCGGAGCAGCUGGCGUGCGACGUGAUGCAGGAGUAUCUUAGCCGAAAGCCGCACCGUGCGGCCAAGGCCGAUUUCGCCUGCUUCCCGUCGAACGAGCUGUCGGCAGCGUUCCGGGUGAACGUUCGGGUGUGAAUGGGUUCCGGGUGAGUGGCCACAGGACAGACAGGCAGAGCGUGUGUUGUGUAUGAUAGUUUGUGCUAAGUUUAACGUGAUUUACUCAGGCUAAGGCAGACUGAGGCAUCUGCUACGGCUUUUUUUUUUGUUUGUGUGUGUGUAUUUAUUUAUUACCAUUUUGUGAGCUUAAACACGUUGCGUUGUACGUAAAUAUCUUUAAAAAAAGUCUCCGCAAACUUGGAAAGGGCCAGUGUAAUAGCCGACCACGGCGGGACUGACCACGUCGCUAUGGGUGUGAUUGAAAGGCAGAGAGUAUAGGAGAUGGCAAAAGAGCAAUCAGCAAGAAGGAAUGCCUUUUUUGUGUGUAUAUUUAGUUAGUAGCAGUUUUAAAACUCAGAAAUGCUUAAAAAUUGUGAAUUAUUUAUAUAAAAUAACCUAAAACACACACACACUUACAUUCGAAUCAAAGGCGCCAAGUGUAGCGCAAAAUUUGUAACGGAACGCGAACCACAUGUACCAUUCCUUACUGCUUCCUUGGGGCAGCGAACAAGUUAAUAAAGUCCCCCCUGCUCCCCCCCUGUCGUGAUAUAAUUACUAACCACGAAAGCUUAUA